UUAAGUCUAAAAUCUCAUAGUCUUACAAAAAAAAAAGUCUCUAGACAAUCAAUCAAUCAGUCAGUCAGUCAGCCACUGGGCAGUUCGUAAAACCAUGGCACAAACAAAGAACAUAUUGAAGACGUCCGAGGCCGAUCUAUCGCAUCGCCUGGAGGUGUCGACUUCACCAACAGCUACUACGUUCCAUUCCCCGCUGUCGAGCUUUGGCGGGGCACCUUUUGGUCAAAGAGGACAACCGAAACAGCUUAAGCCGUUUAAUACCCAGGAUAUUAAGAUCCUUCUGCUCGAGAAUGUCAACCAGAGCGGAAUAGACAUUCUAAAUGCUCAGGGUUACCAAGUCGAAUCCCAUAAGAGUUCACUGCCCGAAGAUCAGCUGAUUGAGAAGAUUCGUGACGUCCAUGUCAUUGGCAUUCGAUCAAAAACCAGGUUAACUGACAAGGUCCUCCGUGAAGCCAAGAACUUAUUAGUUAUUGGGUGCUUUUGCAUCGGUACCAACCAGGUUGACUUGGAAUAUGCCGCUCAUCAUGGCAUCGCCGUCUUCAACUCACCCUUUGCCAAUUCCCGUAGCGUUGCUGAGCUUGUCAUUGCCGAAAUCAUCUCUUUGGCCCGCCAAUUGGGUGAUAGAUCCAAUGAGAUGCACCGAGGCACCUGGAACAAAGUGAGCAACAAGUGCUGGGAAAUUCGUGGCAAAACCCUUGGAAUCGUCGGGUAUGGGCAUAUUGGCUCGCAGUUGUCCGUUCUUGCGGAAGCCAUGGGUAUGUCGGUCAUAUACUACGACGUCGUAAGCUUGAUGGCGCUGGGUACCGCUCGACAGGUGCCAAAGCUCGAGGAGCUCCUCCAAAACGCCGACUUCAUCACGUUACAUGUCCCGGAGCUACCCGAGACCAAAAACAUGAUCUCUGCCGCACAGCUUGAGCUGAUGAAGGACGGCUCGUAUCUCAUCAAUGCCAGCCGCGGGACCGUAGUCGACAUACCUGCCCUCAUCAACGCCAUGCGUUCUGGUAAGAUUGCCGGUGCCGCAUUGGACGUCUAUCCAGGCGAGCCGCGUGCAAACGGCGACUACUUCACCAACAGCCUAAACGGCUGGGAAGAGGAACUUCGCAGUGUGAACAACAUCAUUCUUACGCCACAUAUUGGUGGCAGCACUGAAGAGGCUCAGAGAGCCAUUGGUGUCGAAGUUGGCGAGGCCUUGGUCCGCUACAUCAACCAGGGAAUCACUUUGGGCAGCGUCAACAUGCCCGAAGUUAAUCUACGCUCAUUAACUCUGGAGGAGCCUGACCAUGCACGGGUUAUCUACAUCCAUAACAACAUACCGGGCGUUCUUCGCAAGGUCAACGAGAUCCUCGGCGGGCACAACGUCGAUAAACAGAUCAGCGAUAGCAGAGGCGACCUUGCAUAUCUCAUGGCAGAUGUCAGUGAUGUCCAGACAAGUGAUCUCAAAGAGAUCCACGAUUCACUUGAGGGUUUGGACUCUCGCAUCAUGACCCGGGUCCUCUACUAAUACCAGCUUGAAAUGAGGAAUUAAGAUGGUAUGAAAUGAGUGAAGAAGACGAGAAAGACGAGAAGAAACAUAUUGCAUGAUAGGUAUAUAAAAUUCAACCUAGGGCGGGACGGACACCUUGGAAAAUUGCAUGCGAGCAUGGUUAGAAAAAG